UGUGUAUAAAAUGCGUUGUUGAACCGCCGACGCUUCAGUCAUGGUCAAAUUUGUUAUACUCAUCGCUCUUCUCUCAAUCUCACUCUCUUAUUCAGCGCCCACUCAAGAGAGUGGAGUCAUUGAGAAAAGGGAAGCGAAUCCACACCAUGGUAAGAAACUAGCAGUCAUCAAGCUGUACGGUGGUGGGCAUGGAGGGCAUGGACACAAGCGCAAGUAUGUUAUAAGAGAAGGUGGAUAUGGAGGCGGCGGAUUUGGCGGCGGCGGUGGAUCAUUUAGCCAGGCGCAAAGCUCUAGCUUCAGCCACUCCUUCAGCUCUCCCGUUGGUUCGUUUGCUGCCAGUGGAUCGCAGAGUUCGUCUGGAGCAUUUGGGAAAAAAUGAAACCUUGAAUAUUCACUAUGAAAAGAAAAGUGAUAAUUAUAAUUACCUUGUGCAGAAUGUAGGUUAAAGUGAAAUGCGGGAUAUAAUGUCUGAGUUGGAUAAAUAAAGUACCUUAUUAUUUAUAAUUUUUAAAUUUCAUUUUUCACUUGCAUCGUAAACAUUCUUCAUGAACUUUGGGUUUUAUAUUAUACAAAACCAAAAAUAUUUAUUUAAAACAUUCUUUAUUAAAUAUUAAUAAAAAAUGAAAUAUUACAAUAAUGACAUUGCUCGUUAUUUUGAAGAAUGUGUUGAAUUAAAGUUUAACAAAGAAAAAUUGUCAUUCAUAAGAUUUUUUUACAAUUAGAUCUCUUUUUAACAAGAGUUAUAAAACUGCCA